AUGAGUGUGGACCUACUUUCAAGGGGAUGGGGUGUGAGAUCCCUGAGUUCAAUCCCUUCAGGAAGUUAUAUCUGUGAAUAUAUAGGGGAGCUUCUUGAAGAAAAGGAAGCUGAACUAAGGGCAGGUAAUGAUGAGUAUCUUUUUGAUAUUGGAAAUAACUGCAGCAACAGUACUCUCUGGGAUGGACUUACGACUCUCAUGCCGGAUGCACAGACAAGUUCCUGCGAUGUUGUGAAGGAUGGUGGUUUUACUAUUGAUGCUGCUGAGUUUGGCAAUAUAGGGAGAUUCAUUAACCAUAGUUGCUCACCUAAUAUAAUUGCUCAGAACGUCCUUUAUGAUCAUCAUGACACCAGAAUGCCUCACAUAAUGUUCUUUGCUGCUGAUAACAUUCCUCCUUUGCAAGAGCUGACCUACGAUUACAACUACGAACUAGAUCAAGUCCGCGAUUCUGAUGGUAAUAUAAAAAGGAAGUAUUGUUACUGCGGUUCUGCUGAAUGUACUGGCAGAAUGUAUUGA